GAGACUGGUCUUAGUACAGCUGCAAGACUUGCUAAAUACUUGGGGAAAGUCAGCAAUGAUAAUCCCGAGUUGACUCAAACUGUGGCACAGUCACAACUGUGUGCCCUAAGCAGUCUUAUCUACGUGGCAGCAGCUCAAGGGGACAUUCUCAAUUCUGAGAACACCACCGAAGAUAAUAGCAUGAUACAGGAG